AUGAAUAACAGGCGUAUAAGCUUAAUUAGAUUCUAAAAUUAAAAGUGCAAACUCUUAAUCUACAUAAUAUUUUACUUUUUAGUUACAUCAGGUAUUGCGUUUCUUUGUGCUAAUAAUUAGAGCGAUUUAUCAGUGAGCUUACUUUAAUAGAGCUAACAAUAAUAAUAAUAAUAUUUGUCUUAAUAGGAUGUAAGUUUUAGGUAUGAUGAGCAUAGAUUAUGCAGUAUCUGUAUAGAUUAGUGUUUACCAGAAGAAAGAAUAUUAGUUCUACCUUGUAGACAUGUUUUCCAUAGUGAAUGUGUUAGGGCUUUGAGGGAAAAAAAUUGUCCUAAUUGCAGAAUCCCAUUUUGA